CUCCCUCCGCCGCCUCGCCCGUGCUCCCCCCUCCCUCCCUCCCUCCCCUCCCCUCCCCUCGCCGCCCGGCAUGGAAGGUGGCGGGGGCGGCCCUGCGGGGAUCGGCCUGGGGGAUGACCUGAGCGGUAUUGUUCUGGGAAUGGCAACUGGCACAUGCUUUGUUGACAGUGGUGUAUGCGCGGUGAAUCAGGAGAAGGACGGUGCGGGAUGUGUGUGUGUGCGCUGAAUAAAGGAGGUGCAACGGGGGAGCAGUGAUUUGUGAAGCCUGGCCGGGUGCACCUUGGUUUGCCAAGACUGCGGCUUGAUUGUGCCCUGCUGGAAGUUGGGGGCUCUUCCUCUGGAGGUGCCUGAUACAAUGGUCAACGGUUCCUUGGCAACUUUCUCCAGAAGAAUAAUUACUGCUGCUCUGCUCUUGCCAUAAUACCAGAAUCCUGUGACCUACACAUCUGCACUCAACACCAGCAGAGAAUCCUAUUGUGUUCAUUCUGUGUAGAUGGAAGAGGCGGCGGUCUCGAGAGUCCAUCCUGAUUUCAGGCUGCUUCCUUGGUUUUUCUGGGAUUAAAGGUGCUCAAUGAAUCAGGGCCCCCCAAAUGAGUCAAACAGCCAAUUCAUGCCAACAGUUGGUUGAAAACUGUGCGGCGCAUGUAGCAGGGAUGGCGCAAGAGGACAGUCGCCGUGGUCAGGUGCCACCUCCCUUCUAUCAUGGUGCCAGCCAGGAACUCGAUCUGUCCACCAAAGUGUACAAGAGAGAGUCAGGAAGUCCUUACUCUGUGUUGGUGGACACCAAAAUGAGUAAACCACAUCUCCAUGAAAGAGAGGAGCAGCCAUAUUUCAGGGAGAACAGAACGGUAGGAGAGGUCCGGGCUGUGAAAGAAGAUAGAGAAAACUCUGAGGACUCUGAGGAGGAAGAAGAGGAGGAAGAUGAAGUGACUUACAAAAGGGAGCAGAUUAUAGUAGAGGUAAACCUUAACAACCAAACAUUAAAUGUAUCAAAAGGGGAGAAGGGUGUCCCCUCCCAGUCCAAAGAGACUGCUGUUCUUAAGACCAGCAGUGAGGAAGAGGAGGGUGACAGUGAGGAAGAGGCCACUGAAGACAGUAAUGAUUAUGAGGAAAAUGAGAGGCAGAAGAAAAAAGAGAAAAGAGUGGAAAAAGUUAGUGUUGCCCAAAGGAGAACAAGGAGAGCUGCAUCUGCUGCAGCAGCCACAACUUCCCCAUCACCCAGACCUACAAGGGGUCGUAGAAAGAGUGUGGAGCACCCCAGGCGUAAGAAGAAAGCUGCAAAGGAGCCCAAGGCACCUGUGCAGAAAUCAAAGUGUGAAGAGAAGGAGACUUUAACCUGUGAGAAGUGCCCCAGGGUGUUUAACACACGCUGGUACCUGGAGAAGCACAUGAACGUCACUCACAGGCGCAUGCAGAUCUGCGACAAAUGUGGGAAGAAAUUUGUGCUAGAAAGUGAGCUGUCCCUUCACCAGCAAACAGACUGUGAAAAAAACAUCCAGUGCGUUUCCUGUAAUAAAUCAUUCAAGAAGCUCUGGUCCCUCCAUGAACACAUCAAGAUUGUCCACGGAUAUGCAGAAAAGAAAUUCUCUUGUGAGAUCUGUGAAAAGAAGUUCUACACCAUGGCCCACGUGCGGAAACAUAUGGUUGCACACACAAAGGACAUGCCAUUUACAUGUGAAACCUGUGGGAAAUCAUUCAAACGCAGCAUGUCUCUCAAAGUACAUUCCCUACAGCAUUCUGGAGAGAAACCUUUCAGAUGUGAGAACUGUGAUGAGAGGUUUCAGUACAAGUACCAGCUGCGUUCGCACAUGAGCAUCCACAUUGGGCACAAACAGUUCAUGUGCCAGUGGUGUGGCAAAGACUUCAACAUGAAACAGUACUUUGAUGAGCACAUGAAAACACACACUGGAGAGAAGCCCUUUAUCUGUGAAAUCUGUGGCAAGAGCUUCACCAGCCGCCCAAACAUGAAGAGGCACCGCAGGACUCACACAGGGGAGAAGCCCUACCCGUGUGACGUGUGCGGCCAGCGAUUUCGCUUCUCCAACAUGCUCAAGGCACACAAGGAGAAGUGCUUCCGUGUCACCAGCCCCGUCAACGUGUCAGCUGCUGUCCCGAUCCCGCUCUCCACCACUUCUGCCACCACGGUCCCUGCUGUAGUGAACGCGCCCACCGGCCCAGCGCCACCCAUCAACCUGAACCCAGUCAGCACGCUGCCUCCGCGCCCCAUUCCCCACCCGUAUUCACACCUUCACCUACAUCCUCAUCCUCACCAUCCACAUCACCUCCCGGUGCCCCCAGUCCCUCAUUUACCCCCUCCUCCAGCUCUUUUUAAGAGUGAGCCUUUAAACCACAGAGGCCAGAGUGAGGACAGCUUUCUGCGACACCUGGCAGAAAAGAACAGUUCAGCACAGCACCACUAACGUCUCUGCUCCCUGCCAGCUCUUUCCCAUUUAUGCACAUGGAAACCUGCCCUCCUGGCAGUCCAAGAGGGUUGGUUGGUGAGGAUCCUCGUCUUUCCCUUCGCCCCAGCACAAGGUCCCGAUUCUACCCCUUGAAUCAGUUCCCAACCGAGGAAAUCCUGUUUCGGAUCAGCAGUGCUCCUCUGAACCUGGGACCCAACAGGACUUCAACCCCAUUUGCUUGCGUUUUGCUGGUGACUUUUCUACAUUUCAGAUACUGAGACUUGUGGGAUUUUCUAAUUUCAUAUCAGCUGAUGAGGUAUGCUUGCUUUUAUAGCCUGGCCUUCUCCUCAAAGAGGAGACAGGCCUGGUUUUCCUUUGUACUAAUCGGAAAGGCUGUGAGAUUAAUACAGAGCAUUAAUUGUAUCACUGUGUAUCGUAAUGGAUUCUUUUCAGCUUUUGGGGCCGGCUAUGGAGUGAGCCAGCCACGUAUCACGGUAUAUUUGAGCAUUAUAAAGAAAGACACAGAAAUGUCUUGUUUGUGUAGCUCUCCUAACACACUCUUUAUUUUACUACAGAAAUUAUUUUAGAGGUUUUUGUAUAGACCUAUUUAGUAGUCUGUUUCUAAAAUGAAAUGUAUUUCAAUAAGCGGUGUAAUUUUUUCAGUGUAGCUGGACCUAUGUUGUAUAAUAGAUAAAUUUUUAUAAUCAUCAAAAUGUGAUUCUUAAAAAGAUGCAUAAAGCUUCUAGAGUUAAAGUUAUUCUUACAACCAUACAACUUAAACGGUGCUGCAGAGAAGAAAGGAGCCCAAGAGGUCUCUGGAAAGGUUGUCUCCGAAGUGAUGGUGAUUUAAGGACUUUAAUUUAUUUUAGUAGGGCUUGUUUUAUUCCUUUUAAAACCUUAUGUUUCCCUUUUCACAGUUUUGGACAAGGACAUUGGGAUACCACAUUCCCACCGCACAGGUUUUCUUGGGAGGUAUGGAUGGGUUAGAAAAGGAGCCCCUUACACAUAGGAACCCGCUGCUUUAGGAAUAGAGAGUCACAGGAGAAUGGGAGAUGGGACAGCAGAGAGGACAUCGAGUACCUCAAAUCAGCCAAGCAUCUUUUCUCUCGAGGAGAGCUGGGUUUAGUGGCUUUUCAUGGUAUGAUUUGAAGUUGGGGAUCACAUCCAGUGCUGCUCUUCAGAUUGCCUCUUGGAAUUCCUGGAGUUGUUAGGAGAGGGGAAUGAAGGGAGAUCAUGAAAUGGGGUGUUUCUGACUGCUUGACUGUAAGAGAAGAGAAGUUUGAAUGAGACGAUGGUGUUUCAGUUGCACUGAGGAAAUGCUGAUAGCGCUGUAUGUACCAUGGGCAGCUCUAUCCCAUAAACGUAAUGUGCAUAAAAAGAUGGGAUGAUUUCUAGGGGUCAUAGUCAUACUUAUGGCAAAGCUAAGUUUUCCAGUUGUAGGAUAGGAAACUUGAAUUGUAGGCAUGUCACUGUUUCAUAAUCCCAGGAGGCAGUGAGGGGGGAAUGGCAGGUUUAGUGCAGGGCUGGUGGGCUGGAAUGCCAAAUGUCUCUGUUUUAACCAGUGAGUAGCUGUUAUUUUUUCAGGUUUGUAUUUCUCUUCAACUAAAACUAAAUAUAGCAGCAUUAUGCAAUCUAGGAACUUGUUGCCACCUUCACUGAUGACAGAGGCCCAAGGCAAUGUACUGUAAGUCCUCUUUUCCUUAAAAUUCCUACUUUUCCGUGCUGCUUUUUGAAUUAAAUCCCACCAAACUGCAUCCAGAGAUCCUCAUAGGCCAGAUGUCUGCUUGCUAAUGAAGCGGGGGUUUGUGGCUGAUGGGAUUCUUCCUGGGGUUACUUCCUCCCAGUUAACACUUUGAAGUGUUUUGAACCACCAGGUCCUCUGUUGAGAAUGAGCUCCUUGGGUGAUGUUCUGGUCUUCACUGUUUUUUACCACCUUACCCCAUUCAUGGUGGGGUCUUUCAUAACAAGCAUAGGAAAGUUUAGGACAUAGAAAGGGCAAUUUGUGCCCAGAAAACCUCCUCAGUUUUGACUGAGCUGAACCCCCUGAAUAAUAAAGCAAUGGUUUUUUACGUGUUUUCUCUAUCAUAUUUAUAUGCACCCUCUACCUUCUAAAAGCAAAAGCCAGUUAUGGAACUGAAUUCCCACUCAUGAUGAUGCUGACUGUUGUAAUUGCUGUGGCUGGUCCGCCCCGGAGGUUCUAUGCAUUCCACGUCACCUUUGCAACCUACGUUUCUGUCGUGCCACUCUUUUCUGGUCAGGCCUGUUAUGAACUGAUUUUCAAAUGCUAAA